GAGCACAGAGCAUUUAUGGAGUUUUUCCGCUUUCCCCUGAAGUUCUUGACAGAUUCGCCUCCAGAUUGCGAGAAUUCAAGAUGGCCGUUACAGGUUCUAGGUAAAGGGCAAAACUCCUCUGGACCCCACUGUGCAUGAAGCUCUCCUGAGGCUUUGGUGUCCAAGUACUGUGUCUUCCCUUCCCCCCCUGCCCUCCCCCAAUUCCCUCCUGCCUCUCACCAUGUCCUCCACCUCCUCCUCCUACUCCUCCUCAGGGGAGACCAGUCCAGAGGAUCCACCCCGAGGUGGAGGAACCAUCCGAGUCUACCUCCCCAACAAACAGAGGACAGUGGUGAAUGUCCGGCAAGGACAGACUGUGCAUGAGAUUCUAGAUAAAGCGCUCAAAGUGAGAGGCCUGAGCCAAGAGUGCUGUGCUGUAUUUCGCCUUCUAGGAGGUCGAAAAAGACUGACGGACUGGGACACAGACAUAACUCCUCUAGUUGGAGAGGAGCUUUUAGUUGAGGUCCUGGAUGAUAUUCCCCUGACCAUGCACAACUUUGUACGCAAAACUUUCUUCAAGCUGGCUUACUGUGAUUUUUGCCACAAGUUCCUUUUCAAUGGCUUCAGAUGUCAGACAUGUGGCUACAAGUUUCACCAACACUGCAGUAGCAAGGUCCCCACCGUGUGUGUGGACAUGGAUACUAUAAGAGAGCGUUCUGAUCCCAGUCCUUGCCCAGAUGGAUACCCACAGAUAAUACUGCCAGAAAAUUCCCCCACGCAGAGCAACCCAGCCUUAACCCCAGAGCCUUCUGGAAUGGGCCACCUGUCCCCAUCCCCGUCCUCAACCUUUCACUUCCCCAUGUCAGGCGGAGAUGGUCAGUCUCUACAGAGGCAUCGCUCCACAUCUACUCCCAAUGUUCAUAUGGUCAGCACAUUGGACCCUGCUUCUGCCAUGAUUAUAGAGGAAGCACUAAAGUUCAACAACACAAUAGGUCCUGAACCCUCACCUAAGCCCUCCACCAGCCCGCCCUGUUCUUUUGGCUCUCCAGGGAAGAAGCCACCAAAGUCCCCUUCGGAACCCAGGGAGCGCAAGCCCUCGUCCUCUGAUGACAAAAAGAAAGUGCACCGAGGAGGCAACAGAGAUUCAAGUUACUACUGGGAGGUCCACUCUCGAGAAGUCAACAUCCAGAAGAGAAUAGGUUCUGGCUCCUUUGGAACUGUCUUCAAGGGAAAGUGGCAUGGAGAUGUGGCAAUCAAGAUCCUCAAAGUCAAAGAGCCAACGCCUGAGCAGUUACAAGCCUUUAAAAAUGAAAUGCAGGUGUUGCGGAAGACCCGCCACGUCAACAUCCUGCUGUUCAUGGGCUUUAUGACUAAGCCUAACUUUGCCAUCAUCACACAAUGGUGUGAAGGCAGCAGCCUGUACCGCCAUCUGCAUGUCUUAGAGAGCAAGUUUGAUACUGUGCGUCGCAUUGAUGUGGCCAGACAGACAGCACAGGGCAUGGAUUAUCUUCAUGCAAAGAACAUAAUUCAUCGAGAUCUAAAAUCAAACAAUAUUUUUCUCCAUGAGGGCUGGACUGUUAAAAUCGGUGACUUUGGCUUGGCUACAGUGAAGGCUCGAUGGACUGGCUCUCAGCAGGUAGAACAACCCAGCGGAUCCAUUCUCUGGAUGGCUCCUGAGGUGAUCCGCAUGCAGGACACAAACCCAUACACGUUCCAGUCAGACGUAUAUGGCUACGGAGUAGUUCUGUUUGAGCUGAUGUCAGGAACCCUGCCUUACUCCAAUAUCAACAACAGAGACCAGAUAAUCUUCAUGGUUGGACGUGGUUACCUGUCUCCAGACCUCAGUAAGCUGUAUAGUACCUCACCCAAAGCAAUGAAGAGGCUGAUCGUCGACUGCCUGAAGUUUAAACGUGAUGAAAGGCCCCUUUUUCCACAGAUUCUGGUGUCCAUUGAGCAGGUGCAAGAUUUGCUGCCGAAAAUCGAGCGGAGUCGCUCCGAGCCGUCGCUCCAUCGAGCUGUCCAUGCUGAGGACCUGAACCCCCUCCUGUUCCACACCACCAGGCUCAUGCCCCUCUAAGCUCUCCACAGCACACAGCAAAGAGGCCGCCAACCUGUCAAGGACCACAGCAUUCCAGUGCCUCAAAGAGGCCACAGCUGGCUGCUCUCCACCAUUGUGGAGCUGCAGCUCUCAGCAGCAAAACUCAGUAACAGACUGUAGAAGUAACCUUAGUCUGACAGUGAAUUUUUUUAUUUUUUUUAUUUUUUAUUUUUUUCCCCUUCAACAAAUGACACGCACAUGCCCAUCAGGUGAAAGAAAGACCUUCUGUUUGUAGACAUAUGUGUAAAAUGUCUGCUCUUGCCAGCUGAGAAAGUCAAUCGACAUCUCGACUUGUAUUUGGCUCUUAGACCUGCUUUGGAGUUUCAGUUGUUCUAAAGAAACUCACAUGGUUGCACAUACAGUGCAAAAGAGUCUAAUUCAGAUCUUUGAGGACUUAAAUCAGUCAUAGAGCUGGAGCUGCUGGUUCAAGUCACAUGAUCCACUUACAUACUCCAUGCUCAGCGGGCAUGUGCCCCUUUCACUGUAACACAGCAUAAAUGGAAUGGGGACCUGAGAUGUAACGCCACUCAUUUGAAAGCAACUCUUUUUGAAUACGUGCCUGACGUGAUAUGUUUUGUAAAAGGUUAGAUGUUUGCCCCCAGUGUGGACUUUCAGCAUUUACUGGUCUUGCAAAUAUCUAUACAAGACCUGGCAACUUAGAACACUGAACUAUGCAAAGAAGUUUAUGGAAAAAAAAUGUAUACCAGUUGCUCAUUUAACCUGUUAUAGUCUUUUGCUGUACAUGAAGCAAAGCAGUGAAAGGCCUGGAGGUAGAUAUUUUCUUUCACUAACAUAAAACAUAAAUGUAUCUUGUCAGGUAGAUAUUCUUCAAAUAGGAACUUUGAAAUGCACUAAAUUCAUCUGAGGAUCAAGUUUCCAUUGAUGCUGUUUGUGGGGGGAUGGAAAGUCAGUGAGAAGGGCCUGGCAGAACUGGCUGCAUGUCCAAAUUUAAACAUUACAAAUUACAGUUUGAGGGUUUGAAAGUUAUCCCAUUCCUUAAAUCCUGUGUUUAGUCUUAAGAAUGUGCUGUUUCAAACAAACUUUUAGUAAAAGCAGUUGCCCACCCCUCUACCCUUUUCAAGUCCUGAAACAUCACCUAACUUGUGUCACUUACCAGGCAACACUGUGAUACUUUUAAUGUUCCAAGUCCACUGAACACGGGGACUAAAUGGUUAGGAUCAAUACUUCAGCAGUGGAUGUUAUUCAUUUCUAAACCAAAAUGUUUUCCAAAGUGAAAUGUUAGUCAGGUCAUCAGAGGACAUUGUUGUUAGAAAUGUACAGAUGUAGUUUCAAGGGCUCAACAGAUGGCUCAUUUCAAUUCCAGGUGUAAACUGAGGUUUCCAUGUUGAGGCACGCACCUUACAGCUCUCACACUGCAGGAACAGCAGAGUGCCAGCCUCUGCACCACAUGGGCUUAAGUGGUUUGUUGUAUUGCUGCUACAUAUUGUGAGUGUUUUGUACACCUUAAAGAUUGAAUUGCUUGGUACACAGCUUCAACAGUGUUGGCUAGUUUUUCCACACUCCAGAGGUCCAUUCUCCAAUGCUGCAGUCCCUCGUCCAUAGUUAACUCACACAUAUCCGCAUAUUCUCAAAAUAUUUCUAUAGCUGUGGGGCAUGCCUUAAAACUGUGAGAACCUUGGUUGAUUAGUUGUUCUAAUUUAGGCUUGAAGAGGUGUGUACAUUUUUCACAAAAGUGAGAUCACAUCUAAAGGCAAAUGUGCAAACUCUGUUGUGAUGGCCACAAAUCUACUCUGAAGAAAUAGCUGAAUUAUUAAAAUCUGUAGUAUUCAGAGAACAGAACAAAUGUCAGGGUUGUCUAGUUUGCUCGUCCA